AUGGCAGUGUCUUUGAGCUCGCCUGGGAGCUCAAGUUCUUCCUCUUUCGACCCAUAUUCUGAAGAUGUCACAGAUUCAAAUUCACAGAAUAAGUCCCAUACCGGAACACCCGGACAAGAUGACAGUGAUGUUAUUGCCUCAAGUUCUCAUUCCGGCCAGCCUGUUUCACGCGGCCACCGUCUGGAGACCCGCAAGAAGGCAUCCACUGCUGGGAAAACUACUUCUGCCAUCAACAGUACCCAGUCUCGCCGGAAACGCAAACGCGGUGCAGCUGGUGACUAUCCAGCAGGGACCCAGAUUUCAGAUGCUCCGUACUCUUCAGAGUAUGAUAGCCGUCAUUUUGGUGUUAAAUCCCGAACAGACUCGCCAUCGAGUUUCGUGGAUGGCACAAAGCGUGUUAAGUUUAAAGAUGAUAUGAAGUCGGACUAUUCCGCAGAUCUAUCUAUGGAUACCAUACCCGAGGAUAAAUCCAAAUUACCAAGGGAAAUAUGGCAGCACAUUUUCACUUUUCUCCCGCCUGUUUCACUUGGACGUGUCUUGCAAGUUAACCGCUCUUUUAAAGCUUUGCUUACCACUGGUCAGUCCGAGUUGCCUACUGGCCGUGCAACUCCAGGCUCACUGAAAUAUGUUAAUCCCGUUCAUAUUUGGUCCAUUUCACGAAAGUCUUUCCAUUCAAGCAUGCCACGCCCUUUAACCCCUCUGUCUGAAAUGGAUAUGUGGAAGCUUAUCCGCGGAACCUCUUGCCAGUUUUGCAAUAAAACCGGAUCUGUUCAAUCACCAGAGAUUUCACCCUUUGAAAGUGGACCGGGAGAUACUGGAGUUAGAAUCAUUUGGCCAUUAGCCGUUCGAUCAUGCGGGGAGUGUUUAAAAGCAAAUUGUGACACAGAAAUGGACCUUCUCUUUUCCUCCACUUUACCUUCGGUCCUGGUCCCUGCUCUUCCAUUUGCAUUUUUCACAGCAUCGCUGCAUUAUGUUUCAUCCGUCUCACUUCGGGGAAAUCAACCUCCUGUCGGCAUGGUCCUUACAAAACAUUUUCUAAAAUCUCAGGUUGAGGAGCUGAAAUCUAGAUUUGAGGAAGUCAAAGCCUUAGGACCUGCGGCUGCUGAGGAAUGGAUGAAAGGCCUUGAUGGAAAUGGCAAAGACAAGAUUGCUGACGCAGCACGGUGGGAGCAGUGGGAAUUAGCGGGUGGCCUUCGCAGUCUUAAGUCACCACAGCAAGUACAGUCUAAUGGCACCAAGACACAACCUGCAAAGCUUGAGGCACCUGACACAGUUUCCACACGUCUUCCUAUCGGGAGCCAUCGACCAAGUAAUAGUCUUGGCGGCAGUGCUCCAGCCACUAACCUAGAUGCUACCAUUACUAGUCGGCCCCGCAGCACUGGUGCGCAGCCUGGUUUCCCACUCCCACCGAACUCCCAACUUUCACGAGAGCGUAACCUUCGUCAAAUCAACGAGGCAAAGGCCAGCCGUCGAAGCGAAAUCGAAAGACGAUGCGCAGAGCUUGAUCCGCCCCUUGCCCCCGAGGUUAUUAACCAUAUGGAAUCGUUUACAGCUGCGAUCCAGAUUACUCAUCCAUUUACUGAUAGAGAUUGGGAAAUCUUGAAACCUCGUCUUUUAGCUCAACGCGAGGUUGCUGAGCGUCGUGAAAAUGAGCGCAGGCUUCAUGACGCACUUCUUCAAGCAAAAUCUGAUGAGCGGCGCCAUCAAGAGGCGCAACUUAAGGAGGCCAAGGAACUACUUGACCGUGAAUGGGAGGACGUUCAAAAGCCAAUCAAAGAACGGAUGGCCGGCUAUGCCGACGAGAUCAUCCGUGAGGGUUGGCGUGGAGGCGAAGGGGUCACAAAAGAGAAGUGCCCCAAGUUUGCAGCCGACGUCAUUAUGUACGUUCGGAAGAGAUUCUUGGAAGAUUUAGCCCAAGAAGACGCGCGUGCUCGUGCUGAAGGGAAGCCAAUUGAAGAAGAUCCUCCAAACGGCCCUCCUCGACGCAAAAUCAUCUUAGAGAACAUGAAGUUUAUAUUUGACACGAAAAUCAAACUACUCACUGAACAGUUUCAAAAGGAGCUGUUUUUGUGCAAUGGUUGUGACAAUAAUGCCAAAUAUUACGGCUUCGAAGGUGUGAUUCAGCAUUAUGCUGCUAAACACACGAAUGUCCUCAGUUUAGGCAGCGUUGUUGUUCAUUGGCGAGCAGAAUGGCCUGAACGUCCUCCUUUCAACCCUGAUCCUGCUUCUGCAAAACUGCUCAUGUAUCCCAUGCCACGUCCGCAUGGUGGCCAGCCACAUAUGGGAUACACAAACCCACAGCCAUCCCCUGGCCCAUACAAUAGAACGCCGUAUGGCACACCCUAUGCCUAUGGGACUGGUCCUUAUCGACCACCUUCUCCUCAAUAUUACCCUCCCCCUCCCCCGGGCUAUGGGUUCUCUCCUCAACAGCCAGCCUACCCUCCGGGUCCUUACGAGCAACACCCGCCACCAAAUCCUACAUAUGGGUCGCCAUUCCCCGGCCAGCCGUAUCCGCCACCUUAUCCUCCAGCAGAUCCAGGAAGGCAUCCAGGACCACCAUACCAACCACCUUACAGCGGGCCAAGCCACCCACCCGGGCCUUACAAUCCCCCAUACCCAUCUGCUGCGCAUCAUUCAAGGCCACCAGCUGGUGCUCACAAGCCAAAUCAAGGUAGCCAAUCGUUUGGGCUGUACCAAACGCAUCUAGAUGAAAUCGCCAAAAAUGCCCGAAGUGUUUGGAAUGGCACCUCUGGAAUCAAGGAUCUCCCCCACAAUGUGCGAGCACACGUUGUAAUUCAUCAUGUUACUACUCGGUUUGUGGACAAGUUCGGGCAAGAGCCGGCCCUCACGCUUUUCUCCGAUGGAUUGAAUUCUCAUCCUCAAAUGAAACCAAUUAGAAAUCUCAGUGGCUUGGUUUGUAAAGCCUGUGCUGAUAUGGUGAGCACACGUCGUUCUCGUCAACAUGAUUCCCGAAAUGACCGGAAAAUGUAUCAUCUUCCGGCUCUCUUCAGCCAUUUCCAGUCAGUUCACAUUGACGCAGCGGCGCCUGAUGGCAGUCAGCCUGAUUGGAAGGUGCAUAUGCUACUAUUGCCAGACAAUACCGUUAUAUCUUCGUUGGGUCAAGCUCCCGGCAUGGAUCAAGCAAAGUUCCACCUGAUUACUUCCGCCUUUCCCUGGGUAUUUUCCCCAAUCACUGCACCUAUUGCGCCGGCGCCAGUGAAAGCUGUGAUGAAGCCAAACAUCCAUAGUACCUUUGAAUCGAAGACUGGUGAACAUACAAAAUACCCCGCUGCUAGUCACGGAGGUAAGAAGUCAGUCAACCAUCCAGUCCUCGAGGUUGCCGUGGAUGACUUCCCGAGAUUUGUUGAAUCUCCAGAUGAUUCAAAGCACUUCCAACCCCCGCGCGAUGACGAGUAUGACCCCCACCGGCCAGCAUUUAUCGAAACUGCAGGGGAUCCCUACGCUCGGGCUCCUCGUGGCAAUGCUGGAUCUCGUGAAAAGGUUCAAGGGAAGCAUCGUCAGGUGGAAGUGUCUCCUGGAGAAGAUGCUGAGAUGCAGGCCGACGGUAGACGCCCCCGUCAACAGCAACAGAAACAUUCAUCUCAUGGAAAACAACGUGCUGCAAAAUCUGGUGGUGCAGCCUUGGUACCUUCAGCAGCGGGCGGUGGACCAUCGCAGCCUGGUACAAACCGCCCUAAAAGCCGAAAUGUAUCAGAAGAUGGUGAGGUCGCGGAGUCCAAUGAGGCCAAGAUUGAGGGCCCCUCUCCUACCGAAGAGAUGAAUGCAGCCGAGCAUUUCUUGAAUAACUUCGUGCCUGGUCAGGAUCAAGGUGACUUUGGAACAACUUCGCGAGGGUCCAAUCCGCAAACACAAGUUGAAUCUAGAGGCAAAUGGCCCAAAUCGACCGCUGCAGAGGAGCGAGAAUGGCGUGCUUCAGCCAAUCCACAUGCCGGUGUUGAAGCAGGCCACGCAGCCCAGCCAGGCCGUGGCGGAAAAUCUAAUGGCUGGACUGGACGAGGCAAGAGUCCUGCUGUGGGGCGUGAAUAUCGUGAAUUUGACCCAAGGGGCGAAGCAUUCGACAUGCAUAGCGGCCCCCCUUCAGUUCGCGGAGACGUUCUCACGCCCGAUCAGACUGAAGGUCGUGGCCGAGGACGUGUAGCUACUACCGACGUGAAAAGUGGAGCGGAGGCUCGAGUCGGACGAUCGCAUAAUAGGUUCGAACGGUACGAAGCUCAGAGGCAAGAGUCUCUUCGACCACGCUCACGAUCCCCCUUACCACAAGAACGAGCUUCGGUAGAGUACUACCGUAACCGUAGCCCUCGAGCGAGACAGAGAGCCACCGCCAUAGCCCCGUCCCAUCCGCAGGAAGCCUAUGUUGAACGUAUUCCCAUUGACCAUCCCUCUUACGCCAGAGCACCAACACAAGGCCAGUACCGCUACGUCGAAGAGUAUAUCGAGCCAUCUUAUGAAGGUGCUGUGGAGUAUGUCCCUGUGCGUGUUGCGGCUCGCGAGCCACAGAACGCAGGUCAGUACUACAUUGAACGUCCGAUCCAUCGUGGCGUUCCACCAGAAUACGUUGACUAUGAUAUGGAAUAUUCCCGAUAUCCUGCUAUCGAACAACCCCAGCAUUAUUAUCAUGGACCAAGCGCACGAGAUAUUCCCGAAGGCCCUCCGGUUGGUUCACGCCGUGCCAGGUAUAGGUAA